AUGCUCAUUCCGCCAGCAACUGACCCCCUCCUUCAUUUCCUCGCGUCUUCGCUGCAGCACCACGGAAAGCGUGCAAGGGCAGAGCGCGUCGUUUCACGUACUCUCCUCUAUAUUCAUGCUCUCACUCGCGCACCACCGCUACCUAUCCUGCGCCAUGCUCUCAUCACUGCUUCCCCCGCAGUCAAGUGCAUAUCACACAAACGCGCAGGAAAGAACGUUGUUCGACCUGCCGCACUUACAGAAAAACAGCGCAUAAGGGCGGGUGUUCAUGCUGUAUUGGCCGCUAGCAAAAACAAAAGUGGGAAGACGUUGGAGGAGCGUUUAGCCCGAGAGAUCAUUGCUGUUGUUAAUGGAGAUAGCAAAGCCCUCACUGACAAGGAGCUGGCGCACAAACAAGCCAUGGUCAAUAGGGGCAACGCGCUCGUGAGAUGA